UUAUUUAUGCUACCUCACUAUCUUAUUCUAUUGUAUUUUAUUGUACUUGAAUACCGGACUGCUGUGACAACCGAAUGUUGGUACUUUUGUUACUAGGUGUUCAUUUCCUCAGAAGAAGACUCUUUGCUCGGUAAAUGAAAGUUAAAGAAACGAAACCUACCUGUCGGUUACCUGCAUCCCGGACGUUUCCUCACCUGCCGCACAAGUUCCUACAUGCGAGCAGGUGCUUGACUCCUAACGAACAAAACUCAUUUCAGAAAAAAAGGACUUUUAACUAGUUUUUUUAAAUUAUUAUUAUUUUUUAAAGAAAAUUAAUUUACAGUAGACAAUAAGUUGUCAUCAUGAACAGUCUGAACCAGCAGUAUGAGGAGAAGGUGCGUCCCUGCAUUGACCUCAUUGACUCUCUCCGCUCUCUGGGAGUAGAGAAGGACCUGGCGCUGCCUGCUAUAGCCGUCAUUGGAGACCAAAGCUCGGGGAAGAGCUCCGUGCUGGAGGCGCUGUCAGGGGUGGCUCUGCCGAGAGGAAGCGGCAUUGUGACAAGAUGUCCUCUGGAACUGAAGAUGAAGAGAAUGAAAGAAGGAGAGGAGUGGUAUGGAAAGAUCAGCUACCAGGGCCAUGAGGAAGAGAUAGAGGACCCUGCAGAUGUGGAGGAGGAAAUUAGAAAAGCUCAGAAUGAAAUAGCUGGGGUUGGCGUGGGCAUCAGUGAAGACCUCAUCAGUCUGGAGAUCGGUUCUCCUGAUGUUCCAGACCUGACCCUCAUUGACCUGCCUGGCAUCGCCAGAGUGGCUGUAAAGGGACAACCAGAGAACAUUGGAGAGCAGAUAAAGAGACUGAUCCAGAAGUUCAUCAAUAGACAAGAAACCAUCAGCUUGGUGGUUGUUCCAUGCAACGUGGACAUAGCAACCACUGAGGCUCUGAAGAUGGCUCAGGAGGUGGAUCCUGAUGGAGAGAGGACUCUGGGUAUCUUGACCAAGCCUGACCUGGUGGACAGGGGCACAGAAGAGACAGCUGUUGAGAUUGUCCAUAACGAGGUCAUCCCGCUGAAGAAGGGCUACAUGAUGGUCAGGUGCAGGGGUCAGAAGGAGAUCACAGAGAAGGUGUCUCUUACUGAAGCGAUGGAAAGAGAGAAAGCCUUCUUCAGGGAUCACGCAUUUUUCCACACUCUCUACAAUGAAGGCCAUGCAACAGUUCCAAAACUGGCUGAAAAACUCACACUGGAGCUGGUGCAUCAUAUUGAGACUUCUUUGCCUCGACUGGGAGAGCAGAUAGAGGAGAAACUAGCUCAGACUCAGGCAGAGUUGGAGAAAUAUGGCAGUGGACCUCCAUCUGACGCAGCAGAGAGACUUUUCUUCCUCAUCGAUAAAGUGACAGCAUUCACUCAGGAUGCCAUCAGUCUGACUACAGGAGAGGAACUCAGGUGUGGAGACAAGCUCAAUGUCUUCUCUACACUCAGAAGAGAGUUUGGGAAGUGGAACGCCCACCUGGACCGAUCAGGAGAAAAGUUUAACAGUAGGAUUGAGGAGGAGGUGGAGGACUACGAGGAGAAGUACCGUGGAAGAGAACUGCCGGGCUUCAUCAACUACAAGACCUUUGAGGUGAUGGUGAAGGAGCAGAUCAGACAGCUGGAAGAACCAGCUGUCAAGAAACUUAAAGAUAUAGGAGAUGCUGUUAGGAAGGUGUUCAUACAGCUGGCGUGCAGUAGCUUCAUUGGAUUUCCUAACCUCAUCAAAGCAGCCAAGGCAAAGAUUGAAACCAUUAAGCAGCAAAAAGACUCCACUGCUGAAUCCAUGCUGAGAACCCAGUUCAAGAUGGAGAUGAUUGUUUACUCCCAGGACAGGACCUACAGCAGCAGUUUGAGUGAGAUCAAGAGAGAGGAGGAGGAUGAGCAGAGUGAGGAGGAAGACACAUGGAAACACCCUGCAGUACGGAGCAUUGUGUACAGCAGGGAUAAUUAUGCAACACUCCAGGAGCUGAUGCUGCACCUGAAAUCGUAUUACAAAAUUGCCAGCCAGCGUCUGGCUGACCAGAUCCCACUGGUGAUCCGCUACCAGAUGUUGCAGGAGUCUGCCGCCCAGCUGCAGAGGGAGAUGCUGCAGAUGCUUCAGGAUAAAGAGAAUAUGGAGUUCUUGCUGAAGGAGGAUUGUGACAUCGGCACCCAGAGGACUGGUUUGCAGAGUCGCCUUAAACGCCUCAUGAAGGCCCGUGCAUACCUGGUGGAGUUCUAGAGGGGUUCAAGGCCUAACAGCAUGAGUCAAUGCAGCACAAGAGGAGUCAUUAGGGCCUAGUGCUUCACUCUACUGUUAUACUGUGGAUUUCUUCUUCUUCCUCUUCCGGACGCAAUUUCGUCCCGCUACUAGUCCUACAACUUGAAGAGUUGCAGGACAAAUUAUAUAUCAAAACGUGCGGUUUGAUCGGGAUCGGUGUGCUAUUACUUUUCUCUACAGAAUACGAUUUUUUUGCUCCGUAAGUCGCGAAAAACGGACCAAAAUUUUGCAUUGAAGUGAAUGGGACGGCCGACAAAAAAUGAGCGAAAAAGAACAAUAAUUGGAGAUUUUUAAACGUCUACUUCUCCGGCAUAAUUUAACCUAGAGACUCCAUUUAAACUUUAAACAGUAGACACAAGUCUUGUGUAUUGGUGUAUUAAUUUGCAUUUCGAUAGGUCAUAUAGUUUUUUAUCAAUCCCUGUUCAAUGACCAUGAUCAUUUUUGGAGAAAUUCUGAGAUUAUAAUGGGUGUGUAUUGCACGGAAUGUUCGUGUCACAGUGUGUGACAUCAUCACCAGAGUG